CGUGUGUGGUUUGUAAAUAAAAAGUACCUGUUUUGGGAUUCUGUUGAUCAUUCGACACGCUUAUGUUAGAAAGCAUUCAAAUUGCUUGAAUAAAAUCAUCUGUAAUGGCUAUGUGGAACUGGGCCUGAUUUUAUACACCUCGGCAAUUACUAGUCUUGUGCACGGUUACAUAUGAGAAGUGAUGCGUUAAAUGGUUGGAAAUCUAUUUAAGAUGGAAAUUACAAGCGUAUAAUCCAUUCAGUAUUUUAGCAUGAACACUUUGAAGGAAAAAUCACCUUAAGAUAGAGGAAAAUUUUUCCCACCAUUGUACCGUUUGGAGAUAAAACAAUUACUGGUUUCAAUAGUGCUCACAUUAUGAAUUUAACCAAUACAGUUUGCGAUUCUUGGAUACAAUGUAUUAUUUUUGUUUGGAUAUUCAUAUUGAAAGCUGGAUACGCAUGUAAUUUCCCUUCUAACUGGAAAGACAAAGCAUUUCGGGAUUCUACAAACUCGACAGUGAAGGAGAAUAUUUAUUUCUAUGCUAACUCUGUAUUAUGGAUCACAAGUAUUCACGGUACAAGUGUGAUGAUGUGGGAUUGUCAUGAUAGCAAUACAGAAGAACUAGUGAUAAAAGGAACUCAAACUGUGACACACAAUUCACAAACGUACUAUGCCUACCAAUGUCUGUUGUAUACCAAUACAAAUGGAGCACUGUUUUACUAUUUUCCUGUAAAAAACGUUACUGAUAGUCAGAGAGUGGUUUUGUCCACGAACCCAAGUCUGUCAAUAUGCGACGUGUGUUCCUCCAUAGAACCCGAGCUCCAUACCAUGUCUUUACAAUCCAAUACGAACUGCGACUGCACACCAUCAUGUUCAACCUUGUCAACAACGGGUUCGUGUUCGCAGUCAGUAGAUCUAUCUAAUAUUCAAUGCACAACAACACAGACGACAGAUACAGCGACAACAACAACAACAACAACAGCAACAAGCACAACUUCAGCACAAGGAUCAACAGCCUCGCAGAACAACAACACGACAACCAAAAAAUCGCAGACAGAGACUGUGUUUACGGUGGAAGUGAUCAUUAUUUUGUGUGCUAGUCUUUUUGUAUUGUGUUUAAUCCUUGUAACUUCAACUGUUGCCAUAGUAAUAUACAACAGAAACGAACAACUAAGGAGAAGAUUUGUGAAAAUAAGGAAAGUCAGGCCUGCAGAACACGUGUAGUUUUGAUGUGGGUGUUUUAGACUCCUUGUACUUUUGGUGUGAAGGGUAUCAAUAAAGCAGUCUAUUUAUACAA